AUGCCUAACCUCGCCGUGGCUGUUUCCCGGGCGGGAGGUAUAGGGUUUAUUGGAGCAGGAUAUCAUAGCGACCACCUCGAGGAUCUACUGGAGGAAGCUGACGACCUACUCCAGAAAGGGCUACGGGACACUCCGAUAAAGAGUGGCAAAGGGUUCCCAAAGAUUUUGCGUGUCGGCGUGGGAUUUAUAACCUGGAGGCUUCCAGGACCUUGUUCCCUGGGCCACCAAGAUCAGAGAGGCUACGCAUCGAGGACCAAGAUUUGGGUGCAAGUCGGCUGCGUAUCCGAUGCGGUCGAGGUAGUGAACGCCAUCGACCCCGACAUCAUCGUGGUCCAGGGACUGGAUGCCGGUGGGCAUUCCCUGAGCCGAGGAGCCAGCAUUGUUUCCCUUGUACCAGAGAUCAACGACAAACUUCAGGAGCUUCGUCCGUAUCCUCUGACGCGGGCCAAUAUUCUAGCGGCUGGUGGAAUCAGUGAUAGUCGAGGGGUUGCCGCAGCUAUGGCCCUUGGUGCUCAAGGGUGUGCUCUUGGAACACGUUUUCUCGCUAGUCCCGAAUCUAUGGUCGCUUAUGGCUAUCGAAAGGCAAUUCUAGAAGCCUCGGACGGAGGCAGAACCACGGUUCGAACAAAGGUAUACGAUAAAGUUCGCGACAUUCAUGGAUGGCCUGAGGGCUACGACGGCCGAGGUCUCAUAAACAAGACAUUUCUUCAUCACCUCCGUGGCCUCAGUGACGUCAAAAAUCGUGAGCUGUAUCGUGAGGAACUGAAUCGGGGUGACGAGGGAUACGGACCCAAUGGAAAACUUACUACGUAUGCUGACACCGGGGUUGGAUUGAUCACAGAAGACCACACAACCACCCAUCAGGAUCAGUGGUAUACGGAAAGUCGUCCUGAUGGUAGAACCGUCCACCACCGUAUACCACAAUCUACCAUCGUGUAUACUAUCGUUCUUGUUCAGUUCCUCGCGUUUAAUAUAACUGUUAUUCACAGCUAUAUCGCUGCUACUGCUGGAGCCGUCGCUCCCAGGAUAAGUAUCGUUGUCCCUUUGGACUAG